AAUAGUAGAGUCCAAGAAUCAUCUUUAUAUAAUGACCACUUAGAAUUCUUUUCUUUUGCUAGCUAGCCACCCAAAAACUUUCUAACAUGAAGUACAACGAGAUAGCUCAUUUUAGCCACCCUCAACACAAGCUAAGAUAUGAAUACUCAGAAUUUCCAUUUAAAUGUGAUGGUUGUAAAGAAGUAGGCAUAGGGUCACGUUACAAAUGCACAAUUUGUGACUAUGAUUUACAUAUGCAUUGUGCAAUUCCUUCACCUUCAAUUACACAUCCAUUUUACACAAAAUGUUCUUUCCAAUUCCUCUCUCGUCCCCCGGGUAACGUACCGCGCUACUGCAACGCUUGUGAGAAGGACAUAACUGGAUUUAUGUACCAUUGUAGGUCUUGUGGAUUUGAUCUUCAUCCAUGUUGUGCUAAGCUUCCUAUGGUGCUUGAUGAUGGAGAUGUUAAGCUUUACUUAUUUAGAAAGGUAAGUGCAACAUGCCAUAGGUGUGGAAGGAAAGGGAGAAACAGAAGCUGGAGUUACAGAUCUACAUGCAAGAAAUACAAUUUACACGUGGCAUGUGUCAAAGAGAUGCUUGUGGAUAGUUGGCAUGAGCUCUAUUUUGGUCAUGGAGAUCAUAAUUAUAACAAUAAUACUUAUAAUAAUACUAAUUAUAGAAAAUUGGAAAAUAGGAUCCCAAGUCUAAAAGGUACACUUCAAACUCAUCAUAAAAAAAGUAAAGGCAAAGCCCAAAAAUGUUGUGAAAUGGCUGGUUUAGCUUUGCAGUUUAUUAUAUCUGCAGUUCUUGGAGACCCUACAACUCUUAUUGCUGGGGUGGUUGGUUCAUUAAUGUCAAAAUAAUAAUGUAAAUUAAUUAAACCAAACUAAAUUGAGGUUUUAAUAUAUGGUCAAGAUUGGAGAUCGACUUGAUUAUGGACCUAAUUAAGUUGGACUAAUAAUAGUUAUCAUGUGGAAAAAAAAAAGGUGGAUUGUUAGAAUUGGGGAUGUUCAACCACUAAUGUAGAAAUUUAAUGUAUUAAUCAUUAUACAUGCAUAUGUUUUAACGUUAUUUCUAUUUCUAG